GAGAGAUAAGCUGGUUGUGAGGUUUCAGGUAUGAAUUAGCUUGGAUAAGGGAGGAAAUAGGUAGAGCUAGGUCAUAAACAAUGGAGCUGACGGGUAUGGGGUUUGGCUAAGGAGUUUGAUCGGGACUCUAGCAAAGGGGGUCUUGAAGUCGGCGGCUAGAGCAAGCUCUGCUUAGGGAUUUAGGUGUUUAAACAGGGUCGGAAGAGGGGCGGUUGAAGGUCGGAUCGGCUAAGGAGUUCGGUUGGUUGGAGUCGGCUACAGGUAGGAAUCGGUGGAGGUUGGAGGCUUCGGCUUGCAGUUGGAGUCGGACGGGAUGAUGAGGUCGGACAAGGCUUCAGACAGGGUUUCAGAAGGGUAGGAGGGCAUUUAAGGGGGUGUCGGGCUUGUAUUUUGAGAGUUGGGUCGACAACAAGGCAGAGAGAUCGGGUGGCUUGCGAUAGGGAGGAGACGGUGCAGGAUUUGGGAAGAAGAUAAUGAAAAACACCAAGGCCUUUGGCUCCUCAUUUUAUUAAUGACAAUGGGGUGCGAUCGAGGUGAUCCGCACGGGCUUGGAGUGGAUAUCACGGAGAAGUGACGCAGACGGUGCUGAACAGGCUGGUGAGUGAAAUGGUUGGUACCUAUUUUUGCAAGAAAUAAUCUUGAGGGAAAAAGGGUGGGAUUAAGUUUGAAGCUUCCAACAUGAUAGCAUCUUUUUUCAUGAAACGCGUCAGUUCACCAUUUUCCUCAUAUUCACAUAUAGUUAUAAGAUCUCUUGGCUUCAGCUCUGAGGCUUUUAGAUCUUUGCAAAGGGAUUGUGAGAUAUCUGCAUCCAAAUCACGUGAUGAUUCGAGUAAACUCAGGGUUGGCUUCCAUGGAGUAAAAUUUCCACAGUUGAUUCCAUCCAAUAAAGGUCAGUUGGAAAACUUUAAUAUCAAACUUGUUGAUCCUAAUCUUUGGCCAAUUUCUUUUGGCUUGGCCCACAAUUUGAAUGGAAUGGAUGCAAAGCAGGAAGUUUCCUUGAAUUUAGAUGAAGAUGCAUAUGAUGAUGAAAUUUCCAAGGGAGAAUCUAUGGUUCAGAACUCUCUUGAUUUUGAUGAGAUUGAGGACUUGAAACUGCAAAAGAAGCUGUUUUACAAGCUGGACAGGGGUUCCAAAGAAUAUGAGGAAUGUAAUAUUAGUUUUCAUCGAAAAAAAUCUUUCAAGACACGUCUUGAGAAGCAAAGAAAAACUAAAAUGGUGAAGGGUUGUAAGAAAUCUGAAGAGGCUUCUGCUAAACCAUCACGUGGACACUCCAUGGACAUGAAAGGCAUACAUUCAUUUUCUAAAACAUUGGUUUGUGAGGUCCAUAAUGAGAGAACUUCUGUGGAUAAGAAGGUGAGGACUCCCACAUUUAAUCAGCUUACAGAUCCUUAUCAUCUGCCCUUCUGCUUGGAUAUCUUCAUAACUAAAGGUUCUGUUCGUGCUUCUGUGAUUCAUCGGGUUACCAGUAAAGUUGUGGCUGUGGCACACUCCAUUUCAAAGGAUAUGAAGUUUGAUUUGACAUGUAAGAAAGAUGCUAUAGCUUGUGCUGCAGUAGGAGAAAUUUUGGCUCAAAGAGCAAUUGAGGAUGAUAUUCACAAUGCGGUGUAUACGCCAAGAAAAAGGGACAAAAUUGAGGGGAAACUUCAAAUUGUGCUUCAAUCCAUCAUUGAUCAUGGGGUUGAUGUCAAGGUGAAACUUAAGCAAAAGAAACCAGUCAAGAAAUCACAUUUCAAACCAGGAUUUCAGCAAGAAGGUUAUUCAUGAAGAUUGCUUGGUUUCAGUAUUGUUUUCUCAGUGGAUAGGUAUGUGGACAAGAAGAAAAGAAAAUCAAGCAGUUUAGAUGUUGAAAAUGGGCAGAUAUCAAACUACAACCAAACUGGUACACUUGAGUUUUUUGUUUAAUUAUUGUCUCUUGUUGAACUUUAAUGACUAAACAAAUGAUAGAGGUUGAUUGGAUAGAAUAUCUCCAUCAUCUGAUAGAAUUAUUCUCAAAAUUUUCUCUUUUGAAUGAUAAUUUUUAGCAGGAUUACAUACAUGCCACAUAAUUUUUUUU